AUGGACUCGGGGUUUCUGCUCAGGCCUGGCGCCCCGCCCUCUCUAAGCGCUGAGCCGACCACCCACGAGAGCAUCUCUGGGGCUCGGCCCCGACGUCCUGUCUCCUCUCCUCUCCUGCUCUUGCCUGGCAGGGUGGACACCAGGACAGCCGGGGUUGGGGCCGCGUCCUGUCCACAGAAGCCGCAAGGCCAGCGCUGGGCUGGGCCCACCUGCAACAUGGCCCACGAGCCCACGUCUGACAAAACGCAGGGACGCGUUCGGAAGAGGGAGACGCGUGUGAACGUGAGCACCGUCCGGAACCUGGGGGCUGGAUCGGGUCUGCCGGACGGAACUGCGUCCCCGCCGGCAGGGGGCGCCGGAGACCGCGUCUUGUUGUGA